UAAAAUCAUAGACGAAGAAAGUUCUUUCUUCCUUGCUUAUUGCCUCUUCUCUUUGUUUUCUUCUUUCUUUUUUCCAUUUUUAUUGUUCUGAGAUUCCUCUCUUUGUUCGUCAUCAUGUCUAAUGAAACCAAAGAUCUUAACAACUAUCACUUCACUUCAUCGUAUGAUCAUUACAACAGCAUCAACAGCCAAAGUAUUAUGAAUCUCGCUUACCUUUCUGGUCCAUCCACUUAUAAUGCAAACAUGAUCUCAUCGCAAAUCGGUUCUGAUCUACACUCGUGUCCCCGAGGAGCGUGCGGACUUGGGUUCGAGCUCUCGCCAUCUUCCACCGAGUUUUUUAAUUCUUCGAUCGACCAAGAAAAUGAUUUUUAUAACGCCUAUAAUUAUAAUACUAGUCACAAGAGUCAUGAAGUUGUCGGUGGUGGUGGUGCAAUCGUUGAGAGUGAAACUAAGGUUUCUGCAUCUCCUUCUUCGAGUGAACAUCAUCACGGGGAAGAUUCCGGGAAGAGCCUGAUGAAAAGAGAAGCUGACGAUGGAGGAAAAGAUAUUGAUCAACGUUCUCAGAAAGUAGUUAAAACCAAGAAGAAAGAGGAGAAGAAGCAAAGAGAGUCACGAGUCUCGUUUAUGACCAAGACAGACGUUGAUCAUCUCGAAGACGGCUAUCGUUGGAGGAAGUACGGCCAAAAGGCAGUGAAAAACAGUCCUUAUCCGAGGAGUUACUAUAGAUGCACGACGCAGAAGUGCAACGUGAAGAAGAGAGUUGAGAGAUCUUAUCAAGAUCCAACAGUCGUGAUCACAACCUACGAGAGUCAACACAACCACCCGAUCCCGACCAGUCGCCGUACGGCAAUGUUCUCUGGACCCGCCGCAUGUAGUUAUAACUCCUCGUCUCUAUCUCCAGUUUCCGAUUUCAUCAUCAAUACUCCAAGAACCUUCUCACAUGAUGAUCUCUUCCGUGCGCCAUACGCUAGUAUGAAUGUAAACGCUAAUUAUGAGCAACAACAAAGCCAAGAGUUUCACCAUGAGAGUGACUAUGAGCUUCUGAAGGAGAUGUUUCCUUCGGUUUUCCUCAAGCAAGAACCUUGAUGAUAUAGUUAUACUAUUAUAUAGAAACAACAUUGGAUGCAUAAUGAGUGAUGGUGUUAUUUAAUUUUGCAUGUAGAUACAUAUACCCUUGAGAGUAUAGGAUA